AUGUCGUCGGCGGUCGCGUCCGCCGCGUCCUUCCUCGCGCUCGCGUCCGCCUCCCCCGGGAGAUCACGGAGGAGGACGAGGGUGAGCGCGUCGCCACCCCACACCGGGGCUGGCAGGUUGCACUGGCCGCCGUCGCCGCCGCAGCGCACGGCUCGCGACGGAGCAGUGGCCGCGCGCGCCGCCGGGAAGAAGGACGCGGGGAUCGACGACGCCGCGCCCGCGAGGCAGCCCCGCGCACUCCGCGGUGGCGCCGCCACCAAGGUUGCGGAGCGGAGGGAUCCCGUCAAGACGCUCGAUCGCGACGCCGCGGAAGGUGGCGCGCCGUCCCCGCCGGCACCGAGGCAGGAGGACGCCCGUCUGCCGAGCAUGAACGGCAUGCCGGUGAACGGUGAAAACAAAUCUACCGGCGGCGGCGGCGCGACUAAAGACAGCGGGCUGCCCGCACCCGCACGCGCGCCCCAGCCGUCGAGCCAGAACAGAGUACCGGUGAAUGGUGAAAACAAAGCUAACGUCGCCUCGCCGCCGACGAGCAUAGCCGAGGUCGCGGCUCCGGAUCCCGCAGCUACCAUUUCCAUCAGUGACAAGGCGCCAGAGUCCGUUGUCCCAGCCGAGAAGGCGCCGCCGUCGUCCGGCUCAAAUUUCGUGCCCUCGGCUUCUGCUCCCGGGUCUGACACUGUCAGCGACGUGGAACUUGAACUGAAGAAGGGUGCGGUCAUUGUCAAAGAAGCUCCAAACCCAAAGGCUCUUUCGCCGCCUGCAGCACCCGCUGUACAACAAGACCUUUGGGACUUCAAGAAAUACAUUGGUUUCGAGGAGCCCGUGGAGGCCAAGGAUGAUGGCCGGGCUGUUGCAGAUGAUGCGGGCUCCUUCGAACACCACCAGAAUCACGAUUCCGGGCCUUUGGCAGGGGAGAACGUCAUGAACGUGGUCGUCGUGGCUGCUGAAUGUUCUCCCUGGUGCAAAACAGGUGGUCUUGGAGAUGUUGCCGGUGCUUUGCCCAAGGCUUUGGCGAAGAGAGGACAUCGUGUUAUGGUUGUGGUACCAAGGUAUGGGGACUAUGAGGAAGCCUACGAUGUCGGAGUCCGAAAAUACUACAAGGCUGCUGGACAGGAUAUGGAAGUGAAUUAUUUCCAUGCUUAUAUCGAUGGAGUUGAUUUUGUGUUCAUUGACGCUCCUCUCUUCCGACACCGCCAGGAAGACAUUUAUGGGGGCAGCAGACAGGAAAUUAUGAAGCGCAUGAUUUUGUUCUGCAAGGCCGCUGUCGAGGUUCCAUGGCACGUUCCAUGCGGCGGUGUCCCUUAUGGGGAUGGAAAUCUGGUGUUUAUUGCAAAUGAUUGGCACACGGCACUCCUGCCUGUCUAUCUGAAAGCAUAUUACAGGGACCAUGGUUUGAUGCAGUACACUCGGUCCAUUAUGGUGAUACAUAACAUCGCUCACCAGGGCCGUGGCCCAGUAGAUGAGUUCCCGUUCACCGAGUUGCCUGAGCACUACCUGGAACACUUCAGACUGUACGACCCCGUGGGUGGUGAACACGCCAACUACUUCGCCGCCGGCCUGAAGAUGGCGGACCAGGUUGUCGUCGUGAGCCCGGGGUACCUGUGGGAGCUGAAGACGGUGGAGGGCGGCUGGGGGCUUCACGACAUCAUACGGCAGAACGACUGGAAGACCCGCGGCAUCGUGAACGGCAUCGACAACAUGGAGUGGAACCCCGAGGUGGACGUCCACCUCAAGUCGGACGGCUACACCAACUUCUCCCUGGGGACGCUGGACUCCGGCAAGCGGCAGUGCAAGGAGGCCCUGCAGCGGGAGCUGGGCCUGCAGGUCCGCGGCGACGUGCCGCUGCUCGGCUUCAUCGGGCGCCUGGACGGGCAGAAGGGCGUGGAGAUCAUCGCGGACGCGAUGCCCUGGAUCGUGAGCCAGGACGUGCAGCUGGUCAUGCUGGGCACCGGGCGCCACGACCUGGAGGGCAUGCUGCGGCACUUCGAGCGGGAGCACCACGACAAGGUGCGCGGGUGGGUGGGGUUCUCCGUGCGGCUGGCGCACCGGAUCACGGCCGGCGCCGACGCGCUCCUCAUGCCCUCCCGGUUCGAGCCGUGCGGACUGAACCAGCUCUACGCCAUGGCCUACGGCACCGUCCCCGUCGUGCAUGCCGUCGGCGGCCUGAGGGACACCGUGCCGCCGUUCGACCCCUUCAACCACUCCGGGCUCGGGUGGACGUUCGACCGCGCAGAGGCGCAGAAGCUGAUCGAGGCGCUCGGGCACUGCCUCCGCACCUACCGGGACUACAAGGAGAGCUGGAGGGGGCUCCAGGAGCGCGGCAUGUCGCAGGACUUCAGCUGGGAGCAUGCCGCCAAGCUCUACGAGGACGUCCUCGUCAAGGCCAAGUACCAGUGGUGA